CUGGGAAACUGGAUUGUGGAGACGACGCUGGGCUUUGGGGGGCAUCUACGCUUCUGUGCGCGCGGCACUUGGUAGCUCCGGGUGGUGGCAAGCUGGGUGAAGUGGGAGCGCGAGGGCGAGAGGAAGUCAAGGCUCAGAAGCAUCAGAAAACGCUUCCUUAGCUCUGCGUGAGCUCUAACUAUCCUGGAGGGGUUUAGUGGUGGGAAAACCCUGCACCGCGCAUUUCCAAGUCACCGGUGGCUACGCUCCGAGACCCCGACAACCCCAGGGCGGAUACCCCAGCGAUACUCAGUGCUAUUGAGCAGCAGGCAGCGACCAGGACCGCGUGGCUGUCGCGCGGCGCGCUAAGCCAAAAGGUAAACGCCGCCGGGCCUGCCCACAGCCUAGCAGAGGCGGCGCGGCCCCGAAGCGCCUUCGGUUCUAAGGAUCUUCACUUCUGGGAAAGGACAGGGAACUGUCAAUCAACGAGGGAGGGAGCGCACCGGCGCCGGGUGAUGUCAGCGGAUCAGCUGCUCCACAACAAAGAGGGGGCAUUACAGGAGAAAGUUGCCGCGGUCGCUGCACCCCGGAGCCUUGGGGACCGGGGACGAAGGGAGGAGGGACGGCGGCUGCGACAGCCGCGGCAGGCCGAGGAAUUGAAAGGACUGUAGGGGGAGGCAGCGCGAACCGCCUCGACUGCUCCUCCUCUUCCUCCCCCCUCCUCCUCCUCCUCCAAACUCGCAGGGCUUAGCCCCAGCGCUCGCUCAGCCGCCGCGAGCACCCGGAGAGACGGGAACCGGCCGCACUGCCCGGUGCUGGGCAGGGUCGCAGCCGCCAUGGAUAGCGACGACGAGAUGGUGGAGGAAGCCGUGGAAGGGCACCUGGACGAUGAUGGGUUACCACAUGGGCUCUGCACCGUCACCUACUCCUCCACAGACAGAUUUGAGGGUAACUUCGUGCACGGAGAAAAGAAUGGACGCGGGAAGUUCUUCUUCUUUGACGGCAGUACCCUGGAGGGAUAUUACGUGGAUGACGCCCUGCAGGGCCAGGGUGUAUACACCUAUGAGGAUGGAGGUGUUCUCCAAGGCACAUAUGUGGAUGGUGAGCUGAACGGACCAGCCCAGGAGUAUGACACCGACGGAAGGCUCAUCUUCAAGGGACAAUACAAAGACAACAUUCGACAUGGAGUGUGCUGGAUCCAUUACCCGGAUGGGGGCAGCCUGGUCGGGGAAGUCAAUGAAGAUGGGGAGAUGACUGGAGAGAAGAUAGCCUAUGUCUACCCUGAUCAGAGGACUGCGCUCUACGGAAAGUUUAUUGAUGGAGAGAUGAUCGAAGGGAAACUGGCCACCCUCAUGGCCACCGAAGAAGGAAGGCCACACUUUGAAGUGACAUCUGGAAGUUCCGUGUACCACUUUGAUAAAUCGACUUCCUCCUGCAUCUCCAGUGAUGCCCUCCUUCCAGACCCUUAUGAGUCCGAGAGGGUUUAUGUUGCUGACUCUCUCAUCUCCAGUGCCGGAGAAGGACUGUUUUCCAAGGUAGCAGUGGGACCCAAUACUGUUAUGUCUUUUUAUAAUGGCGUCCGAAUUACACACCAAGAGGUGGACAGCAGGGACUGGGCCCUAAAUGGGAACACUCUCUCCCUUGACGAGGAAACAGUCAUUGAUGUGCCCGAGCCCUAUAACCACGUAUCCAAGUACUGUGCCUCCUUGGGACACAAGGCGAAUCACUCCUUCACGCCAAACUGCAUCUAUGACAUGUUUGUCCACCCCCGUUUUGGGCCUAUCAAGUGCAUCCGCACGCUGCGAGCUGUGGAGGCUGAGGAAGAGCUGACCGUUGCCUACGGCUAUGACCACAGCCCUCCGGGGAAGAGUGGGCCCGAAGCCCCCGAGUGGUACCAGGUGGAGCUGAAGGCCUUCCAGGCCACCCAGCAAAAGUGAAAGACCUGACCCUGGGGUCCAGAGACCUGGAGUGGAAACUUGGAUCUAUGCACUACAUUUAUCUGACAACGGGACAACCAGGGACUGUUCAUGCUGUGACGUCACAUCCUCUCACCCUGCGUUAGCAACGACUCUCUCGCAUACUAACUAGGUUUGACUAUUACUCAUACCAGAUUUAAAAUUAGCUAGCCUUGCAGCAACGCCCUACGGAGAGGUACUGUCGAACUGUAGACAGCUUGAUGUUCUUUGAUGGUUGAAGUCUAAAUCUGGACCACGUUCAGAGAUACCAAAUGAUUCAGCUGAUAAAGGGAAAUGGGAUUCUUUGGUCAUUUUUUUGUCGAUGGGGUUUUUUUUUUUCAUGAUGUUUUUUUCUAUGGCCAUUGCAAACGGUGUUCAGUCACCCUUGCAUGUUGCCAUCUGCGGGGCAGGAAGUGAUUACAUCUUUAUAUAAAUGUAGGGUCAUUUGCCUUUUAACCUUUGAUCUGUAUCUUGCAAUAGAAUGGCUUUGUUUUUGUUGUUAUUCUCCUAGUGAACUGAAGCCCAGUCUUUUGAGCCUUUUCGUUAGCCUCACUCCCUACCUUAGCUAUCCUUUACGAGAGAGAGCUUCCCAGUGGACUCUGCCUUCACAGCAGUGUCUAAGUCUCUCUUAGUUCUUUCUCUAGCAUCUCAUUCUUAUGUCCUAAUAUAAAGUCCUGGCUCAUAGGGCCAGACUGUUAUUAUAGACUUAUUAUUCUCGCAUGUAAACAAAGAUACCUUUGCUUUCAGAUGUGAGAAGAAGCGAAUCUGCUUUGUCUGCGUUAAGUUACGAAGGAGCUGUAAGAUGCACUUUCAGGAAGAAGAGAGGAAAAUUAGUGUGUCUAAGCAGUCAUCGUGAUAGUUUUGCAGUAUAUUCAGUAGUGCUGGCAAUCUUUUCUCCUCGGGUACACAUUCAUUGUACAUAACCUAGCGCAGUCUGGCUUGCGGCACGGCUCUCUGAAUUCAAACUACAACAGCCAACGUGCAUUCCAACACGGACUGCAGAAUGCUCCCCGACAGCAGUGCCAGGAAGACAGACGCGCUGAUGGCUAGGUGCGAAUCAGAUCUGUAGCUAAAGCUUUCUCCCCACCGUGAUCUCAGAGCACUUAACAGGCUCUGCAAGCCAAGAGUUCACGCCUGUGCGGUCUCUACCAAUAGUAUAUUGCCACCUCACAAGCCAUAUGUAAUCACAACUGCAGAAACACCGAGGGAAAAAAAAAAACA